AUGCAGAGCCAGAUUCGCGAGGUUUGGGCAGAUAAUCUUGAUGCCGAAUUAGAUAUUCUCCGUGAAUUAGUAGAUCGAUAUCCAUACGUGUCCAUGGACACGGAAUUUCCUGGUGUUGUAGCAAGGCCGAUUGGGAACUUUAAGAAUUCUUCAGAUUACCAUUACCAAACGUUACGGUGCAACGUAGAUCUCCUUAAAAUCAUUCAAUUGGGUAUCACUAUCGCUGACGCAGAGGGGAACAUGCCCGAAUAUCCAACUUGGCAAUUCAAUUUCAAAUUCAAUUUGAAUGAUGAUAUGUACGCACCCGAUUCAAUAGAAUUACUCACGAAAUCUGGGAUAAAUUUCAAGAGGCUGGAAGCUAAUGGUGUCGAUAUAGAGGAAUUUGGUGAGAAGCUAGUCACAUCUGGUUUUGUUCUGUUUGAUCAUGUUCACUGGAUAUCGUUUCAUAGUGGAUAUGACUUUGGUUACUUACUCAAAGUUCUUACGGCGCUGCCACUACCUUCAAAUGAAACUGAUUUUUUUGAUCUACUUCGCAUAUGGUUCCCCUGCAUAUUCGACAUCAAGUACGUUAUGAAGAUCAACAGGCUUCUUAAAGGUGGUCUACAAGAUAUAGCAGAUGAGUUGCAGGUAAUGCGGAUAGGCCCACAGCAUCAAGCAGGAUCAGAUUCAUUGGUCACAUCUGCUUCAUUCUUCUCUAUGCGCAGUAAGUUUUUUGAUGGUGCAUCUGAGAGGGACAGACAAUUACUUCAUUGUAUGGGAUAUUUGUAUGGCAUCGGCAUAGGAGCUGGCGCUAGUGCUAUACAGACUCCAGGAGCACCAUUCACUCCUAUGAGUAACCCUAUACCUACGCCUUACGUUGGCCCCCAACCUAUUGCACCUUAUCAUCAAAAUCGCUCAACAGUAGGAUUUGGGGAAAGGUGA